CAGUUAUUCAAUCGAACGAACGAACGAUGUGUGACAGCCGGCAGCAACAGAAGAUCAACUAUUACGAGCAACGACUCAAUAUACGUCAGGUGAUUGAGGAUGCCAAUUUACAGGAACUGGAUGAGGCUCUCAAUAUCUGUGAUCUGUCUAGUGUGGAGAGAAAGUUCCAUCUGUGGCAGCGACUUUUGCCACGUGUUCAUCCCUUUUAUGCUGUGAAAUGUAAUGAUGAUCCCAUGAUUGUGCAAGUUCUGGCCAAAUUGGGUGCUGGCUUUGAUUGUGCCUCGAAAAAUGAAUUAAAAUUGGUUCUUGGCAGUGCAGUGACUCCGGAACGCAUUAUAUUUGCCAAUCCAUGUCGUCCAGUUAGUCAUUUGGCCUAUGCCGAGAAGCAUGGAGUGACCAAUGGAACCGUCGAUAAUGAAUUUGAAAUCUAUAAACUCUACAAGCAUUAUCCCAGCUCCAACCUGAUUGUGCGCUACAAGAGCGAGGCGAAGGAAGCUCAAUGUCCGCUUGGUGACAAAUUUGGAUGUGAUGCCGAUGGCGAUGCCACAGCUCUGAUGCUGCUGGCCAAGGCCCUUGAACUUAAUGUCACUGGGACCAGCGUCCACGUGGGCUCGGGAUGCAGUGAAUUGGGUGCCUAUAAUCGUGCCAUAAGGAAGGCCAAACAUUUAUUUCAAUUUGGUGAACUAUUGGACUUUGAUAUGAAUCUAUUGGAUAUUGGUGGCGGUUUUCCAGGCAGUGAUGAUGAGAAAUUUGAAAAGAUAGCUGAAGAUGUCAAUAAGUCAUUGGAUCGUUAUUUUCCGGAUGAAAAUGUAGAGAUUAUAGCCGAACCAGGUAGAUUCUUUGUGGCCAGUGCUCUUACCUUGAUCUGCAAAAUCCAUGCUAAACGUGAGGUGCGUAAUCCAUCAACUGGUAAACUAGACACUGUGAUGUAUUACCUAAAUGAUGGCAUCUAUGGCUCCUUUAAUUGCAUUCUCUAUGAUCAUCAAGUGAUCAUAGCAGAACAUUAUUUGAAUUCCACAGAGGAUCUGCCGCAGUUUAAAUCCCUUUUAUUUGGACCCACCUGUGAUGCCCUGGACAUGAUUACUGAUAAUCUACAAUUGCCCAAUUUGAACAGAGGCGACUUGAUUGGUUUUCCCAAUAUGGGAGCCUACACUGUGCCAGUUGCUAGUCCUUUCAAUGGUUUCGAAGUGCCAAAAAGAAUGUAUUUUCAGGCAAUAUGACUAAAAAUAUGUCAUCAAUUAAAUCAAAUCACCAACAAUCAAA